GGAUAACGUAUUACUCUACGAGAAUACGUAGCGCAGGCGUCUCGAUUUUUGCCAUUUGUCCUCCAUGAACAUGCCUCAGAGGAUUGUGCACAAUGCCGCCGUGGAUGUUCAUCAGGUGGAUACCCCAUCACACUUCUGACCAUGCAAGAUGUCCCAAGGGAUCCUUCGCAGACCGCAGUGAAUUUCCUUACCGAUCGCGGCAUCAAUACCAUCAUCAGUUUUAACCAGUACUCAUACACCAGCGCCGAGAUAGCCCUCUUGGAACACGCACACAUCCUCUAUCGCCACUUUCCGGUUGAAGAUUUCCAGGCCCCGACUAUCGAUCAGCUCACAAAGGCUAUUGAUUUUCACAGAUUUAUCUCCAAUGCAUCCACGCUUGUGCAUUGUGGAUAUGGUCAUGGAAGGACGGGUACCGGCAUAACAGCCCUUCAACUCUUUGCUACCUGGGGUCAAAGUCCUCCUGAGGCCGACUGGGCGCGUGUCAAUUACGUUGAGCAGCCUGCUCAGGUGGAAGUACUCAAGCAGCUCCGCUCACGCCAUAAAGGUGAGCUCUGAGUCUAUGAUGGAGCGUUGGUUCAGUCGCCAUUUUCCACAUAUCCUUCUCAAAAUUUGUAUCAAUG